UAACUCUUGUCUCCAUUUAAUAAUUAAUAGCUUUUUGCUGGGUAGAUUUUGAUAACGAAAUUCCACGAAGCGCCAAUAGCAAAAUUGAAAGUAAUUCCAUGAAGAGUUUAUUGACUGAAACUAACCAACUCGCAUAUUUGUUUCUCGUUCACGCGGCGUCGCUUUUCUAUGGUAUAAUUGGAAUAAUAAUUAAAGGAAGUAUACAAAAUGAGCGAAGAAAAGAAAGAAGUGAAAAGAUUGUCAGCAAGCAGGUUGAAAAUGUUUGACAAAACCGACGCGGUUGCACCUGUGAGUCCAAGACUCAAACCUAAAAAAGACAAUCAAAACAAAACAGCGUCUUUGUCACCAACGAAGACGAGUAGCUUGCAGGUAUUACAAGAAACGUCGUUGCCUGAUAACCCGAUUUUCCAUGCUCCUAUGGUAUUAGUUUCCACAGACAAUGGUAAAACAACUUGCAAUCAAACAACAUUAUCAAAACUGAGAGAAAUUCAGCAACCGCUGAACAUUGUUUCUGUCGUUGGAACACUUAGAACUGGAAAAUCUUUUUUAUUGAAUAAACUAGCAAGACCCGAUGCAGUGCGUACAGGAGCGUGCUUUGAGAUCGGACAUACCACAGAUGCUGUAACAAAAGGGAUAUGGGUUAUGUGUCGACCUCAUCCUACCAAAGAAAAUCAAGUUCUUGUCUUACUGGAUACAGAGGGGAUAGAUGACCCAGACAAGGUUGAUAUUGAAGACGACAAAAAUCUGUUCAUACUUGCCACACUAUUGUCAAACACAUUAGUAUACAACACACGAGGAAACUUCGAUAAAACCACCAUUGAUAAAUUUAAAUUUUUAAAUAAAAUCAAAACAUCAAUUCAAGUAAAUGGCACUGAAGAAGACGAUUCCAUUCUUGAUUUCUUUUUUCCAAAUUUUGUUCUAACAUUAAGAGACGUGACUCUAGACAUUAAAGCAAAAGACGCAGAUACUUUUCUGGAGGAAAAAUUGAAUAUGAAAAGUGGUACCAAUCUUUCUGAAGAAGCACUGAAAGAGUACAACCUUCCAAGGAUGCUUGUAAGGCGGUACUUCAAGAAAAGGAAAUGCUUCUUGUUCAGAAAACCGGUGAAAAGCGGCCUACUUAAGGAACUGUUGACUUUAGAUGAGUCAAAGCUCAAAGAAGAAUUCCGACAAUCGCUUGAAGGGUUCCGUAGCUAUAUCUUUUCGUGUAAACCAAAAUCACUUAAGUCUGGAAAGGCCAUUAAUGGGAGAAUGUUUUGUUCCCUAGUGCUAAAAUAUGUUCAGUCCAUUCGGGGUGGAGAUUCCCCAUGUUUGACAAGUGCAAUGGUGUUAAUGGCAGCUUUAGAAAACACCUAUGUAGUUGAAAAAGCCUCAGAAGAAUAUAGAGCCGAAAUGAAGAGGCGUAUAGGCUCUCAUAUACCGAGUGAAAAGGGUCUUAUAAACUAUCAUAAGGAAAGCAUGCAUGCGGCGCUUGAAGUGUUGAAAGCUGGACUCAUCAUUGACGACGAGCAAAUAUAUGAAGAAAAGGCAAUGACUUGCUUCAAAGAACAAUUUGAAAAAUUCAAAGAAAUUGUAAAGAAGGAUGUCGAGGCAAAAUGCUGCCAAUUACUUGGACGGCUUGAUAUGAUGAAAAUUCAAAUGAAGAUAAAGAAUCGAAAAUAUUGCACACCGACAGGAUAUGAUGAGUACAUGAAAGAUCUAGACACACUGAUAAAACAAUACAACAGAGAAGCUGGAUACAUGGGUUCUGUUGCUUUGUUAGCUUUGCAAGAAUUUCUCGCUAAGAAGACAUCUGAAGAGGAAGCAGUGUUUUGCAUGGUUCAAGAAGCACUUGGUGGCAAAGAAGGACCGGAAAGAAAAAAUAUGAAACGCCUGAGCGUGUUCAGAGAAAAAGAUGCAGACAUUAUGAAAGAAGAGGAAGAGGUUGAAGAAGCGAUCCGAGCAGAUAUUGAAAUGCUGCAGAGGAAUGGUCUUCAGAAUAUCGGAGAUCAAUAUCUUGACAUGCUUACAUCAAAAAUAGAAGAAAUAGAUAGAGUAAAAAAAGAACUUACUCGUGAUAAUUCAUAUUAUAAAAAAUUAUGUAAAGAAACCGACCACUGGAAAAAUGUUUUUGAGAACGCGACAUUCAGUUUGUCCCACUAUAAGAGACAGCUAAAACCCAUUGCUGGACAACAGAGUACGGAUAUGCAAGCCACUGUUUAUGAAGAGCCUUGGAAUGAUGUGAUAGGCCCUCUUUGGAAAAAAGCUGUCGAGAGAAGUGAUUCAAAAGACGAUGGUGACCUGUCAUCAGGAGAAGCAAAAGGUGAACGAAUACCGCCAGAGGGAAGUGAAGCAGUUCAAACAUAUAGCGACACACCUCGCAAUAACGUUCGGAAAAUAAGAGAUAAAUGUAACAUUUCUUAAGACGAAAA